UGUUGUGUAAGUCGGCACGUAGAAAGGUGCCGUGCGUCUUAUAGCUUUCACAGUGCCAUUUCACCGUGAUGGGGAAAGGAGGGAAAGCUUCCGAAAAUGGAUCCGCGUUUCCAGCUCCGAAGUACGUAUCAAUGGAUGACGUACGGGAGCAUAACCGGAAGGGAGAUAGCUGGUUGAUGAUUGAGGGGAAGGUUUAUGACAUAAGUCGAUGGGGCAGUAAACAUCCCGGAGGAGCGAAAAUCCUAAACCACUUUGCAGGAGAGGACGCUACGGAUGCAUGGACUUCGUUUCACAAUGACAAAGAUUACGUAAAGAAGUUUAUGAAAUCUUUGUACGUUGGGGAUGUCAAAGAUAAGGAAGAGUCUGACCUCCAAGCUGACUUUCGUGCACUGAGAAAGCAUGUUGAAGAUAGUGGUUUACUGAAAACAAAGCCUUGGUUCUUCUGUCUACAUUUAGGUCACAUAAUUCUAAUGGAGAUCGCGGCUUAUUGUCUCGUAUCCUAUAUGGGGGCCACAAUAAGUUCCUUCGUCCUUGGUGCAAUGAUCCUUGCAGUUGCACAGGCUCAGGCUGGCUGGUCACAACACGAUUAUGGCCAUAUGUCUGUUUUUCAAAGUCACAAGAUCAACCAUAUUUUUCAUCAUCUAGUUAUCGGUCACAUAAAGGCAGCCUCUUCCCAUUGGUGGAAUUUCAGACACUUCCAGCAUCAUGCCAAACCGAAUGUAUUGAAGAAGGAUCCAGACGUUGAUGUAGCCUAUCUCUUCCUUCUGGGCGACUAUGUUCCAAAGUCAUGGGCACUAAAAAAGAAAGGAUUUAUGCCCUACCAGUUACAGAGUAGCUACUGGUUUCUCAUCGGACCUCCACUGCUUCUCCCCAUCUAUUUCCAUGUUGAGAACCUCAUGUUUGUCUUCAAGCGGAGGGACUGGGUGGAUCUAGGCAUGACAAUAACGUUCUUCCUCCGCUGGUUCUACCUGUUUGGCCCUGUAUUUGGUGGAUGGGGAGUGUUUUGGCUCUAUAUGUUUACCAGGUUUUUGGAGAGUCAUUGGUUUACCUGGGUCACCCAGAUGAGCCACAUUCCCAUGAAGAUCGCCCAUGAUGAUAAUAUGGACUGGUUCUCCAUGCAGCUUGCAACAACAUGUAAUGUGGAGCCUGGGUACUUCAACGACUGGUUCACCGGCCAUCUCAACUACCAAGUAGAGCACCAUUUGUUUCCAACCAUGCCACGACACAAUCUACACAAGAUAGUGCCUCAAGUACGAGCUAUCUGCAAGAAGCACAACAUACCUUACAGGUGUAAAACAUUGUAUGGAGCAUUCGCUGACAUUGUACACUCUCUGAAGAAGUCCGGUGAUAUUUGGUAUGAAGCUCGGCAUGAAGGAUAGACAAUGUUAAUUCUUGGUGCUGUGCUAACAAGUAUUCUUUGCCUUACAAUCAGCUUUAUAUGUGAUUUUAGAUUGAAUCAGGCUAUAUUUGAUAUAGAGGGUUUUUCUACAGCUAUUUUCUACGUAAAUACUUUUUCUAUAGCAUUUAACAGUUUGUAAAAAUGUUUGAUAAGAACUUCUGUGAUGGCAUCAACCUACAUUCAUUAAUUUAAAGAUAUACAUUUUCUUUCCAGGAACAUGUACAUUGUAUACUGUUAUACAUUUAGGUUUUUCUUUCUAACUAUGUCCGUAAUGUAUCUACUGUCAAAAUUUAGUCUUAGAAAAAUCACACACAACAAUAACCGAAUCUGCUGGGAGUUUAUUUCGUAGUCAUCCUAGGUUCUUCAUAUUUCAUAUUGAGGGAAGGUGAAGCAGUUUAAAUAAAGUUUUGCCUUCAUAAUAUUGUACCCUCAGUAUUAAGCACAAGUUCUCCCUGACAAUUAAUGGGCCUUUUUCAAGGAAGGACUAUUAAACUUCCGAUUAAAUCUCGAUAUAAUUUUAAUGAGACAUUUCAGAAAUAAAUAUAUAUUCAGAUCAAUAUACCCUAUUUUUUUCUGGCAUGUCAGCAGAAAUAUUUUAUUACCACUUUUAGGCUAUGUGUAUUUUCUACACAACUUAAUAUCUUUUUACAAGAAAAUAUUUCAUAUUUUAUUCAGCAAUUUUUGCUACUUGAUACAUACAGUAGUGAUGUUUUAAUAAACGAUGUAGGUUUUACUUAAUUCAUAAUCUGUCAUACUUGUCAAGUUUUCUGAAUUUUUCGCUGUCUCUUAUGACAUCUGAGAUCCAUAAAAUCAUUUGGAUCUUGCAAUUGCUUUGUACUCGAUAGAAAUUAUCUAUAACACAGAAUAAAGAAAAAAAAGAAUUAUUAUGUUUUUGUUUACCAGAACAUCAUUUAAAAUAAUGAGGGUCUCCUGAAUCAAAAAACAAAAGAAGUCACAUAUGACCCUGAAUAGUGAGGAUACCUGUUUUGUCUGUCUACCUGUGUAAUGUGUAAAAUAUGUGCCUAACAGCAUUGCUAAUAAUCUUCCAAGUCUUUCUUAGAAGUCCAUGUAUUUGCUGAUAGCACUUUUGCAUUAUGAACAUGCACGUAUACAAAUCAGUUUGACUAUUGUAUCUUUUUUGGUAUGAGUUAAACUGAUUUUGUGUGUUUGUUAUUUUUUAUUUAUUUUUUUUAAGUUAAUUUUAGAGAUGUAUAUAUCAAGUUUCAAAUUAUAUUUUGAGUAAAAUAAUUAUGUUAAUUCAUAUUUAUACAUACAUUUGAUAUGAAUUUGAGCUAAAAAUCUAAACUACCGGUAUAAUAUGCAUAUAUGUUUAUGCAUUUAUCAUGGCUUAAGAUAUUUUUAAUCAGAUGUCAUGAAUCUUCGUUUGCACUUUUUGUCAUUUUGAACAGUCACAUUUCUAAUUUAGUUAGAAUAACUUCAAAAGUGAACUGUGAUCAGAAAAUGGCUGAAUUUUCUAACAUAAUUUUUGUUGAAAUUCAAGUAAUUUACACAAUGUAUCAUUGAUAAUGAUUAUGCAUUAAUUUGGAGAAAACUUGCUCAAACCAAUUGAUAUCCUCUCAUCGGUUGAUUAUGUCUAGUCUUUGGCGAGAUGUAAUAUGCUGCAAUAUAAUAGUGAUCUAUUUUUCCUCUAACGUUUUACAAUGUGACCUUUUUAUACUCUCAGCAUUUAUGUGAUAAGUAUAAUACAAGUAUAUAACACAUCAAAUUAAAGUAUUACACUACCUUCACAUAUUGUUAUUGUAUACUAUGUUUAAUUCUUUUAUAAGAAGUGAAGUCUUCACAUGAAUUUCUUUAAAAAGACAACUUCAGGUACAUAUUCUUCACUGUACCAAUACCAUCGAUAUCUGUGAUUAUUGGUAGAUUUAUCUCCCUUAGUUUUUUUACUGAUUUGUAAAAUAAAGUAAAAUCAGAGACCUAUAUACUAGUAAAAUAAACACAUAUACAAUAAAAUUUAUUAUCUUAUUGCCUUUAAUGCACUUUUAAGAUAUUUGAUAAAAACAAUGACGUUCACUUCAGAUAUAGCAUCGCUAAAUAUUUUGGGUAUAUUUUAUGGAAUUCUUUCUAGAAGGGAAAUCCGUGCCAAAGUAAGCUAUCAUAUAAUCUUAAUUGAUCAACUGCUGGUAUACUUAGCAAAAAUCCUCAUCAAUUUACUCAACUUGGAUAUUUGUGUUUGUAAAUAUCUAAUUAAUAUUUAUUGAUCCUUCGUAAGUGGCAUUGUAUUGUAUAUAAAAAGAGUCCUGUAACAAGUUUUUUUACGAAACCAGUUACUUUUGUUAUUGUUUAAGUACAUAUUUUGAUCAAACUCUUUUGAUACCUAGAUGAAUGGAGUUGUGGUGAUAUUAUUUUGAUAUGAUUACCAUAAUUAUGAUGGCAUAAUGUAACAGCUGAAAAUACUUAUUGUAAAUAAAUUACAUAUUAAAUGUUUUUCUUGAAAAUGUAUUUAAUUAUAACAUGAAUUUAUCGAUUUUGUACCCGGGAAAAAGUUCCAAUUUCUUUUUUCUGACUUCAUUGUUUAGUAAUCUGUGUUUUUUGGUAAAAUCACACAUUCACGUAUCAUUUGGUUCAUUCUUGUUUGAAUAAUUGUACAUUGUUUAUAAUUAAAGACAUCAAUUGUUAGAUGUAUUUAAGCAUCUUUGCCAUACAGGGUUUUUGCUUUUUCUUUUGUACCUUGGAGUACGUACAUUUUGUAUUUGUGUCUAUACAUCAAUGAUACCUGGCUCAUGUAUGUUGUAAAUGUUUGGGUGUGCCUUGACUUUAAAAUUCCUGUUUACUAUAGCUAAUACCUGAGCUAAUUAAAAUGUUUUAGUCGUAAAAAAAUAAAAAACGAAAAUGUGUGUGAUCACUUUGUGAAUAUUUUCAGAGAUAAGAUCUUAGUGUAGAAGUAAAAGCAAUCUGAUUAAAAUAAGAUUUGUGAUUACAUUAUGUUAGAUUGAAAUCAGACCUCUCAUUACAUUUCAUUAUAAAGUGUAGUGAAAUGAGAGAUAGGAUUUUAAUGAGAUUGAAGUGAAAUAUUCAGUAUAAAAAGGUUCAGUUUUAUCAAGGUUUCAGACAGUAGUGCAAAAUUUCAUUCGAAGUUACACUGCAUGCAUUCAAUCAUUAAAAAUCAUAAUUAAUUUGAAAUUAAACAAUUAUUAUUAUUGAAAUCUAACACAGAAUAUUUAUAAUUGUUAAUGAAAUAUGACCAUCUUCAUUUUGUUUACACAAAAAUAACAGUUUUCUACAUUAUUUUUUUUUAAGUGGAAUUGGAAAAUGACGUUACUUUGUAUUGUUACAGUACCAGACUGUAGAUUGUGAAUGAAGUGACAGGAGUUAUUGUUUCUGUGUAGGGGCCGCGGUGGCCGAGUGGUUAAGGUGUCCCGACACUUUAUCAAUAGCCUUCCACCUCUGGGUUGCGAGUUCAAAAGCCAUGUGGUGCAGUUGCCUUACCGGUAUUGACUGUAGGUCAUUAUUUUUUCUCCGGGUACUCCGGAUUUCCUCCACCUCCAGAACCAGGCAUGUCCUUAAAUGACCCCGGCUGUUAAUAGGACGUUAAACAAACCAAACCAAAUAAACCAAAUGUUUCAGUGUGUUACUGUAUAGUUGGUGAUAUUCGCAGGAGAUUUAUUUUUCGCUAUAUUCGCCGUCUUAAGAUACAGCACGAAAAUACAUAUCCAGUAAACAUUUGUAUAUACACUGAAGCAUACACAAGUUUUUACUGCAUAAUGUUUACAAAAUGUAGUUGUAGGAAAUGUCAUACCGCUACACAUGUCCCACUGGGACUCCUGUGAAAUAUUGGCCCUGUGAAUUUUAACAUCUUUACAGUAUACUUGCUAAUAAGAAAUGUUUUAGAAAUUUUCAUCGUUAGAAUUGAUUAAGUGUUUACAAAUUUGAAUACAAUAUACACUUAUGAACCCGACAAGCUGUUAUAUAUAUAUAUAUAUAUAUGUUUAAUAUUUUCUUUUUAAAGUACUAUCUAUUUUUUAAUCAUAAAAAUUAGUAUUUGAUAAAAAUAAAAGAUACUUGGCUACCGGAAAUACUCAAGAUAUGUCAUAUUUCAUGACCUUACUAACCGAGAUAACCAGGUUCGACUGUUUAAAUUG